AUGGAUGCAUUGCCAUCAUUAAAUAAGACAUUAGAAAAUCCAAGCACAACAACUAGUGGCAAGAGAAGGGAUUCCACUGUGAAAAGACAACGAAUAAAGGUAUGAUUUUGUGAAAAAUUAAUGUUUGGAAAAGUACAUAAUGUCAAUGUCAAUAAUAGCUGCAAUGGACAUAGUCGCUUAAAUAAAACAAAAGUUAUUCUGAAUAAGGAGUGCAUAAUAUUAACACACAAUUUGUAAAAAACUGUAUAUUUCGAAUCUAAAUCAGAUUCAUCUUCAGCAGUGUUUUGCAAGAUAUGUCGUUAUAUUACAAGCGUGAGAAAUUUUAAACAAGCUAGCAUGCGCAAAAGUCGCUUAAAUACAUGUUUAUAUCAUAAUUUAAAGGAUGCUGUUCAGCUUCUAAAUCCUGAAGACGAAGUGAGUCAUGAGGAAUGUUCUAGUGGAGAAAGCAGUGUCAGCGAAGUCGAAGCCGAAUGUGAACCUCAACCAUUGGACGUUCACCUUAUCGAACAGGAAGACAAAACGCAAAUAGCCACCAACACAUCCGAAUCAUCUCCAAGCACGUUUCUUCAAACCAAAUAUACCCAGACAAAAGCAUCCAAACCAACAACAAGAUCGGUAAAAACACAAACUCACAUCGACGCAACAUCAAGUUACUUUCAUGAAAUGAAGCAAGCAUUUCGCACGUCAGAAUCGUCAUUGGCAUUGACGUUGGAAAAUGAAAUUGGAAAGGGGGAAACAUCUACUGUUGCGGAAACAAGCGGAAUACAACAAAGUUAA